GCAGACGCAGCGUCGUUGGCGAUCAGUGCGGUUUUGGAGUUCAUUGCGUACGGUCGCGAGAUCCCCAGGCACAAUCCCAGGCUCAGUGUGGAGGCGCCCCCCCCUAAGAAGAUCCGUGCAUCCGUGGAGUUCGUAUACGAGUGGCGAGUCGCGAGUGUUGAUCCUAGAUCCCCAGAAGAGAUCUCUGUCUCAAAGUGUGUGUGUAUGUGUGUGAAAGCCAGGACAAAGCUUAGGUCCUGCCGCAAUAAAUCGGAAUUAUACUAAGGGCAGCUGGCCCACACAACUACCUAAUAAAAAUAAAAAACACAACAAAACCCACUACACACACUUCACACUCCAAAAACACAAGCUACGGCCACCUCCGUUAGCCAUGCUGGCAGUGAAGGAUAAACCUUGGCGUAUGCUAUUUGGCCUAUUGGCCGCAUUAAGCUGUUUGGCCAGUUUUGGAGACGCCGCUUACCCGUAUUACGGCACCAAAAUCGGAGCCCUGACCCGCCUGCAUCACGGCGUUUCAGGCGAUGUCUAUGCCGUGGAUUCGAGGACCAUUUUCAUCAAGAAGUUCAACUACGAUGGUGAGGCGCCGGCUGCUUACUUCUAUGUGGGCAAUACGCCAAAGCCAAGUAACGAGGGUGCCUCCCGGCUGAGGGACGAACGAGGUGGCACCGCCUCGCUGACCCGUCGCUACCGGAACAAGGAUGUGACACUGUCGCUGCCCGAGGGCAAAACCCUGCGCGACAUCAAAUGGUUCUCGGUUUGGUGCGAUGAGUUUGCGGUGAACUUUGGUGAUGUCGCCAUUCCGGCCAAUUUGGACUUUCCGCGGCCACAGAAGAUCAACGCAUUGAGAGGUGUCCAUGGAGUGUCCUCUGAUAAUAUUGUGAUUGUGGAUGCCCAAACGCUGCUGGUGCCGAAUUUUAGCUACGAUGGCGAAGCUCCAGAUGCCAAAUUCUGGGUGGGUCGUGGACAGCGUCCCACGCCCGAGGGCCUGCGUAUUCCCGAUGAAAAUGGCAAGGAAAAUCCCCUUCGCCGGUACGAACGCAAGACGAUCGUCCUGACCCUGCCCGAGGACCUGACCAUCUUCGACAUUGGCCACUUUGGCGUGUGGUGCGAGGCCUUCACCGUGGACUUUGGCCAUGUCCGCCUGCCCGAGGGCCUGAAUGUCCCGCCCUCGCUGAAGAUGCUUGGCAUCAGUCCACAGUCGAAGCUCAACUGCGAGGUGCUCUACGACGAUCUGGCCUUCGAGGUUCGCUGGGCGGUAGCCGGCGAGAGCAUCGUGGUCCAAUUGGUAGCCAAAUUGGAGCCCAACAACUACAUGUCCUUCGGCAUCUCGCCGAAUAGAAACAUCAGCCAGAUGAUCGGCGCCGAUGCGGUGGUGGCCUGGGUGGAUCCCCAAACGGGCAAUGGAUUUGCCACGGACUACUUCCUGGAGGGCAAGGCCCAGUGCUCAGGUGGACGUGGUGCCUGUCCCGAUACCAAGAUCUCCGAGAAGACCAACUCCAUCCGUCUGCUGAAUGCAGCCAUGGUAAAUGGUUACUCGAUUGUGACCUAUCAGCGCUCUUUGGCCGCCACGGAUCGCCUGGAUCUGCCUAUUUCCAUCACGGAGGCAGAGUCUGUGGUCUGGGCCAUUGGACCGCUGAACGAUUACAAGGAGGUGUCCUUCCACACGUUCUACAACAAGCACCUGCAUCAGAUCGAAUUCGGACGCCAGCCCAAGUGGAAUUGUCCCCUGCCCGAGGGUGCUCGUCCCAACAGCAACUCCUCCGAGCAGGAGGACUCUGCUCCUGCAGCUCAGAGUUCAACGGGUGGUGCUGGUUAUCCCCCAGCUGGAAGACCCAAUGUAGAGCCCGAGGAGGAGUUCUAUGAGAAUCGAGCGGAAGCACUGCAUCGCCAGCCACCACAACGGCGUCAGGAAACGGCCAUCAUCACGCAAAGGAGACCGGUGCCCACGCCAAAGCCUGUCACAAACAGCAAUGGGGCCUGGGACAUACCAGCGAUCCAGUGUCAUGAGCCAGAGGAUGGCGUGUUCUAUGCCCAGAUGGGUCCCACCGGAGGAAAGCACGGUUAUCCAGCCAUCACGGGUCACGUCGGCUGGGGCAUUUCCUGGUACAUCAAUGGCCUCUUGAUCCCCGAGAUCCAUGUGGUGCGCGGCAGGACCUACACCUUUGUGGUGGAGGGAGGCAAUAACCCCGAUAUUCCGGCCAAGUACCAUCCCUUCUACAUCAGUGACGAUCCUGUGGGAGGAUACGAGCACAAGCGUGAGGAGGAGAAGAAGGCUGUUCGCAUCUUUGCUGGCGUCCAUCGUUCCCGAUCCGGCCAGGUCACGCCCACGGGCGUGGGUCGCCUCUGCAACUGGACACCGGAUGUGGAGGGUCCUCCAGCGGAUGACUAUCAAUCCUUUGGCGCCUACCAACGCACUCUGACGCUGAAGUGCGAUGCCGGAGAGCCCGGCGUGAUCAGCUGGAAGCCGGACAGGAAUACGCCGGACACCGUGUACUAUCAUUGCUUCACCCAUCGCUAUCUCGGCUGGAAGAUCCACGUGCACGACGCCUGCGACUCGGACGCGUCGCCGGGACUGAAGGGAUCGGCCUCCGAGCGGCAUGAGAUCCGACUGCCUGCGGAGGCCGCGGAUCCGGCGCCCGUGCACGAGGACUACGCCGGAGAGGCGUCGGUGCGGCACGAAACCAAGGUCAGCGCCAACGAUAAUUUUUUAUUGAAGCACCAAACCGAUUUGAUUAAGAACCACAAUAUGAACGGAACACCGCCCAAACUGAGCUUUGAAAUAACGAAAUCUUCGGAAAUAACCAAACUGAUUUCAGAUGGCAUCCGCGCUGCUGAGGCUCUCGAGGAGAGCUUACUGAGGAACCCGAAUCUGAAUCCCCAUCCCCACCAGAACCAGAACCUGAACCAGAACCUGAACCAGAACCUGAACCCGAAACUGAACCCGAACCUGAAACCGAACGUGACCCGGAAUGAGAUCAGCUCGCGACCCGAGAUUUUGCUGGGCGAGACCCAUGCCCACAAGCUGAAUGCAUCUCCAUCCGCAUCCCCAUCUGCCCCGUCACCUCCCUCCCUCAAGCUGCCUGUCUAUGCGACGGGUCCCCAUCUCAUUCACCAUCCCCCGCACCAACUGCAUCGCCUGCACCACCAUCCGCAGCAUGCCCCCCAUUCCAUUCAUUUGCAUCAUCACAACCUAACCGCUAAUCUUCCAGCGCUGGCCCAGAAAACCAUCGGACUCUCCGAGUUCCUGCGUCCGCCGCAGAACGCUCCGCUCUUCCAUCCGGUAAAGCUGCCGGGCCGCCGUCCCUUUCCCGCUCCCAUCAAAAAGGUGCCGGCCUCGCGGCCCAUCCUUCCGCAGCAGCAUCCGCACUUGCAUCCACAUCCUGCAGCUAUCCUGCAGCAGCCUUCCCUGAUUGUGAAUCACUAUCGCAAGCCGGUGCCGGGUCUGCUGAAGCCCUUCAUUAAGGAGAAACCCUUUCCCCUGCAACCUUUGGCUGCCUCGGUUUUGCUUCUCGGACAGCCCACUGAAUUGGGCGGCGGAUUGGGCUUGAACCAACCCCAGGGAGAGCGACUCAAGCCGAAGGGUAAACCGAAAAUCCCAGUUCCCUACGUGGACCUAGAGCCCCAGAGUUCCCACCAGAAUUCCGCACACUUUGGCCAGCCAGGCAAGGGGGAGCGGGAUGCCAAGCCCAAGGCUACACCUAGUUCCACCCUAGCGCCCAGCUCCACCACAGUCACGCCCUUGGUGAAACGUAUCCCGGUGAAGGAACCUUCUCGAGAGGAAAUUGCCAAUAUGCGUCCGGCUGUGAAUCAAGGCUUCAAGCCCGACACAGUGAUCGUGGAGAGUGGCUUCCGACCCAUUAUGAGGACCGAUGGCACGGGCGUCCAGUUGCCCAAAGAGAUUAUAGACCAAGUGGCCCAUCGUCGUGAAGAUCCCGGAACCGAGAUUGACGAGGUAAUGGAAACGGACACGCUCUUCCUGACCGCUCAGCAGGGCGGAAGUGAGACCCAGAGCUUUGAGCCCAUGUUUAUACCCUCGCCCCUGGACAGCACCAAUGCCUCAAAGUUUUUGAAGGUGAAGAUAAAGGAAGUUACACCCACGGCCUCUGCCUUGAGAUUACCCUCGGCAGCGCUGGAGCACGCCCUGCCCUCCGCUUCGGAGCUGAGAAAGCCGACAUUGGAUGAACUCUUUGGCGAGGACAUUGACCAUGACGAUGAGCUGGAGGAAAAGGAGCUGGAGCGGGAGCGAAUUCCAAGCGGAAUAGAAGAAGAUGCAGCAGAGGAGACCACCAAGAAAGUAACCCCAACCACUCCCAAGGAAACAACCACUCGUAAGCCGGAACACGAGUUCCUAGAAGACCUCUUUGGACCCGAAGAAGACGACCUCUAUGCCGAUGAAAUGGAGCCGGAAAUGGAGGCUGCGGAGCGUGUGGACACCUACUACCUGCCGCCGGACAAUCGAAAGAUUCCCCAUGCCAGCCUGCCCAGUGGAGCGCUCUACACCUUCGAUGGCAAGUCCGUGGUGGACAGCAGCCUGGUCCUACCACCCAAGCUGGAUGCUCCCGACAAUGGCGGUCAUGUGCGACACACCACCUACGGACUGACCCCGCUGGAGCAGCUAGUUCGCACCACGCCCCAGUUUGGAGCCUACCGCGGAGAGUUGCCGGAGGAGUUCCGAGCCACAGAGCCCCAGCCAUCGACGGAUUAUCCUCGUCCAGCUCCGUUCAGUCGAACCUCGACCACAUUGUCCGGAUUCUCCAGCAGCAGCAGCAGCAGUGGCAGCACCACCUAUCCGUACUCCUCAUCGCCCGGAACAUCCACAUCCACAUCCAUAUCGACAUUGCAAUCGUCAUCAUCGCCAUUGUCCUCAUCCUCGCUGAGACCCAUCUCCACCAAACUGCAGCUGCUGAAGCCAGUUGAUGGCAGGAGGAGCGCGUAGGAUCGCAGGAUCGGAAAUAGCGAAAUUAUACAAGAAGCUAGCAUUUAACCGCCUUUGGGAUGUACUCAUAACCACGUUACAUUUACUCGUAAACCUGUAUUAGCCGUAGUUUUCCCUUAACAAUUAUGAUGCUCUUAAUUUUAAAUGAACGCAUGAAUUUUAUUAGCUAAGCUAAACGAUUGUGUUUAAGCCGCAUUUUAGUCGUUGUGAAAUAAAACCAAGAAUUAAUCUGAAA